AAAUCUAAUUCCCCUCCCAAGUACUAUCAUUCUAUCUUGUGCAUUCUUUACUUCAAUAUUGAAUGCAACUCAUAUUGACCUUAAUGGAUAACUUGUAGUUGGAACUUGGAACCAAGUUGAUAUUCACUUCCUUUGUUCCCUUUUGAAGUAGAGAGCUAAAACGGUAACAGACUCCAUUCCAUGUCGUUGCUAUUCCUGCUUCCUCAACCUUCCACGAGGCUCUCUCCGGCGACCGUCGCCUCCACGCGCAGCGCACUUGGUCUCAAACCCUCCGCCUCCAUCGCACCUCCACGGUCCACCCCAAAACCCCUCACCAUCUCCAUCUCUCCACCGGCAACCGAUAGCGCAAAUGCAGCUCCUCAAAAGAAGGUCCUGCUUCCCAUCGGUUUCGGCACCGAGGAAAUGGAAGCUGCUAUCUUGAUACAUGUCCUCCGCCGCGCCGGUGCUCACGUCACCGUGGCUUCUGUCGAGCCGCAGCUUCAAAUUGAAGCCGCUGGAGGUACCAAGUUGGUAGCUGACACCUCCAUCUCUGAAUGUUCUGAUCAAAUUUUCGACCUCAUUGCUUUACCGGGAGGAAUGCCUGGCUCGGCGAGGUUAAGGGAUUGCGAUGUUCUGCGAAAAAUCACUUGUAAACAAGCUGAGGAAAGGAGGCUCUAUGGUGCUAUUUGUGCUGCACCCGCGGUUACCCUUUUGCCUUGGGGUCUUUUGAAGAGGAAGAAGACAACCUGUCACCCUGCAUUCUUUGGCGACCUUCCCACCUUUUGGGCGGUUAAAUCAAACAUUCAGGUCUCGGGAGAGCUUACAACUAGCCGUGGCCCUGCUACUACUUACCAGUUUGCUUUAUCGUUGGUUCAGCAGCUAUUUGGGGACUCUGUUGCUAAGGAGCUUGCAGAAUCGUUGUUGAUGAGAACUGCUGAUGAUAAUAGAGUCAAGAAGGAGUUCAAUGAAGUUGAGUGGACUGUUGGCAACCAUCCCCCUAAAAUUCUUAUCCCAAUUGCACAUGGUUCUGAAGAGAUUGAAGCAGUGACACUGAUAGACAUUCUGAGGCGAGCAAAAGCUAAUGUCAAAGUUGCUUCUGUUGAGAAAACUCUUGAAAUUUCGGCUUCGCAAGGAACCAAAAUAGUUGCUGAUGUAUUAAUUAGUGACGCACAAGAGUCAGCACAUGAUAUGAUUAUUCUUCCGGGAGGAAUUGCUGGAGCUCAAAAGCUAAGCAAAUCUAGAAUUCUGAAGAAGCUUCUUAAAGAACAAAGUUCAGCUGGAAGAAUAUAUGGUGCUGUCUGCUCUUCACCGGCCAUUCUACACAAACAGGGUUUACUAAAGGACAAGAAGGCCACAGCUCAUCCCUCUGUCUUAGAUAAGCUUAAAGAAGAAGCGAUAAAAGACGCCGACGUAGUUAUUGAUGGCAAGCUGAUCACUAGUGAGGGACUUGCCACUGUAACGGCUUUUUCAUUGGCUAUUGUGAGCAAGCUAUUCGGUGCUGGAAGAGCAAGAAGUGUAGCAGAAGGCCUUGUUUUUGAGUUCCCUAGGAAAAAGAGUAUGUGAUUUGUAAGUACUUAUAGGUGGGAGAAAUAGUUAUAGUUAGUCUAAGAGAUGAGAAUUUUGGCCAUCUUCCACAGCCCACACUACACUAAAGAGGGAUGAACAAUAUUUGAUUAAAUUGUACAGAAUUAUGUUGUCAAUAGUUCAGCUUCUUGGUCUCA